AUGCAGAUGCUUGCCCCUCCUACUGUCAGCACAUCCACCACCUUCACUGAACUGGACACCCUGGAGGUCCCUCCCCUCACACCGACCAGUAAGGAGGUCCUCAGCCAGGCGGUGAAGGCCAGUUUCGCUGGAUUUGCCCAGGAGAGAAUCACCCAUCACUUCCCUCAGGAUCCUACCUUGUGGUCUGAGUGGGAGGUGAACUACUGGCUGGACUGGUGCCAGGCUGAGUUUGGUCUCCACUGCUUGGGUUCAGACCUGAGAGGCCUGCAGGGGAGUGAGCUGUGUAGCCUGGAAAAGGAGGCUUUCCUGGGCCUCAUGUCCGACUUCACUGCAGGAGAGAUCCUGUGGGAGCAUCUGGAGACCAUGAGGAGAGAGAAUGAAUAUGACUGCAGUUCUUCAUUACCCACAUGCACCAUACCAUCUUACUGCCAGCUUCAGAUCAGCAAAGAGGCAGACUCAGAGGUGGAGAUUGUUCACAGUGACGACUCAGACAUCGUGGGCUCUCUAUCGUGGGCUACUCCACUGCACGAUUUAGAGCCAGUGACUGAAGAGACCAUGUCUGAAGAUGUCUUCACUUUACCACACCCACACAGGAGCUUCAAAGAAUAUGUAGGCAACAAAACCGACCUGGGCGGAGUCGUGAUACCAGCAGCUAUCCUUGCUGGUUAUACUGGAAGUGGACCCAUUCAGCUGUGGCAGUUUCUGCUGGAGCUUCUCACAGAUCGCAGCUGUCAGUCAUGUAUAAGCUGGACGGGAGAUGGGUGGGAGUUCAAGCUGACGGACCCUGAUGAGGUGGCCCUGCUGUGGGGCCAGAGGAAGAACAAACCCAAGAUGAACUAUGAGAAGCUGAGUCGCGGUCUACGAUACUACUAUGACAAGAAUAUCAUCCGCAAGACGGCCGGCAAACGCUACGUCUAUCGCUUUGUCUGCAACCUGCAAGGCCUGCUGGGAUAUGAACCUGGGGAGUUGCACGCCAUGUUGGACAUCAGAAACAAGAAUGACUAA